CGUUUUAUUCUAACUUUUCUUCUGCUCACUGAUUUUUCUUUGGGAAGUCAGAGUUCAGUUUGCUCCUCUGUUGACACCCAGGUCUUUGUUCCAGAGAGUACUUUCUAGCUGUGUCAGCAGCUGUGUUCAGUGUUUGGUGUCAGCAGCUAUAAAUGUGUUUAGAAUGAUGCUUUCUGGCUGUGGAGGAACAAGGACACUCAGAUCUCUGCAGAAACAAAGGUUGUUGUGGUGAUUUCUGUCCUGACUCUGGUUCCAGCAGCCAACCAGAAAACUGUUUAUCAGAGUUCCUGAGAACAGGAGCAGACUUUUUAGUGAUGCUUCCUGAGCGCUGAGCUAUUACACUUAUAUGGUUUAUGUCUUCUAGCAAAAGAAAAAGAACAUUUGUCCCUUCUUUGACUCUUAAGGUGCAUUUCUUCAGUUGACUUGUAGCCCUGCUGUAGGCCAGUCUGUCUCCUGAUCUGCAUCCACACUGCAGGUCAUGCUCUGUGGAUACAGGAAGCGCGCUUCCUGCCUUCAGCCUGCAUCGUCCACACAUGCUUUCUUUUUAGGAAAAACUCUGACUGUCUCUGUGGGUAGGACUGCAUCAGUGCAGAAGUGACUAUAGGACAACACAGAUGAUGGGAAGUCUUCCAGAUCAGCGUCCUCUGUGGACACUUUCCAGUCCCUGUGUUCAAUACAGGCCUGUAAUCAUUUCUGUUUCUGUCAGAGUUGGACCUGCUCUGCUAAAUAAAAUCUGAAGCAAAGGGUUGUCAGCAGAAAAUGUGGAGGAACUGAUAAAAAGAGGUUUUUACAUAGAGAUGGAGGCUCUGAUCUCAUAUGGAAAUCUAAAGAUUCUUAGUGUUAGAAGAACUCUGGAAACUUUUUGUUUCCAUCUGUGGAGUGAAACUGUGGAUGAGACUCAGUGUAGAAAUGUCCAGCGUUUCUAUAUUUAGCUAAAACUGUGUUUAAUUAAGGAGGCCCUGACUAAUUUUGUCACGUUUUGUAGACUGAACCCGAACACAACCACAGCAGAGUAUAGUUUAACAGUUUAUUGAAGUUUGUGGAUAGUGGAGGAAGGAACCAAGAGUCUGUGCUGAGCUGAAGCAGGAGGAUGGUGAAGGCAGGAACUGGCAAGCGGGACGGAGCCAGGGCACAGAGGCAGCAGAACUAGAAGCACAGCAGAAUGGAGACUUGGAACCAGGCUUGACCAGCAGCACGACAGAAUGGAGACUUGGAAUCAGGCUACAGCAGGCUGGCGGAGAAUGGAGGAAAUUCGGACAGGACGAGACUGGAUGAGAGAUAAAAUGGAGGAGCCUCUAGAAGAGAAGCAGCAGGAUUUAGAGAAAACACUUCUCAGUGUUCGCGCAGAGUUUGUGGAGAGGGUUUCUGAGGAAGUCCUGAAACAGCUCCUUGACUCCCUCGAAGCUGGUGGUGUCUUAAAUAAUUCAGAAACAGAGGCAAUACUUGAAAAGAACCAAACCAGAGCAGACAAGGCCCGCUCCACCAUAGAUGCUGUGAGGAAAAAAGGAAAUGACUCCUGCAAAAUGAUGAUCCAACAUCUUCAGCUAAAAGAUGCUACACUGUCCAAUCAGCUGGGUUUGUCCUUUGCCUUGUCUGCUCAGUCAGCUGUUUCUGGUCGGUGUCAACGAGGCCUUAAAGAGUUUCUGAAGAAGAAGUUCCAAUGUCUGAAUGAAGGCAUUCCUAAAGCUGGAAAAAAAACCUUUCUGGAUCAGAUCUACACAGAGCUCUACAUCACAGAAGGAGGAAGUAGAGAGGUCAAUGAUCAACAUGAGAUCAGACAGAUUGAAAGAGCAUCCAAGAAGACCAGUGGUUCAGAAACAACAAUCAGACGAGAAAACAUCUUUGAACUCCCACCUGGAAGAAAAGAUCCAAUCAGAACCGUGAUGACAAUGGGCGUGGCUGGCAUUGGGAAAACAGUCUUAACACAAAAGUUCAUUCUGGACUGGGCUGAAGACAAAACCAACCAGGACAUUCAGUUCAUAUUUCCAUUCACCUUCAGACAGCUCAAUGCACUGAAAGGGGAAAAGUUCAGCUUGGUGGACCUUGUUCAUCACUUCUUCACUGAGACCAAAGAAAUCUGCAGCUUUGAACAGUUCAAAAUUGUCUUCAUCUUUGAUGGUCUGGAUGAGAGUCGACUUCCUCUGGACUUCCACAACAAUAUGACUGUGACAGAUGUCACAAAGUCCACCUCAGUAGAUGUUCUGCUGACAAACCUCAUCAGUGGUGAUCUGCUUCCCUCUGCUCUCCUGUGGAUAACCACAAGACCUGCAGCAGCCGGUAAGAUCCAAAGGCAGUUCAUUGACCUGGAGACAGAGAUCAGAGGGUUCACUGACCCACAGAAGGAGGAGUACUUCAAGAAGAGAUUUGGUGAUGAUGAGGAGAAGGCCAGCAGGAUCAUCUCCCACAUCAAGACAUCACGAAGCCUCUUCAUCAUGUGCCACAUCCCAGUCUUCUGCUGGAUCACUGCUAAUGUUCUGGAGGGUGAGUUAAAGAUCAGAAGCCAAGGAGAGCUGCCAAAGACCCUUACUGAGAUGUACAUCCGCUUCCUGGAGACUCAGAUCAAACAGAGAAAGAUCAAGUAUGAAGGAGGACCUGAGCUAAAAACACUCUGGACUCCAGAGAACAUAGAGAAGGUUCAGCCUCUUGGAAAACUGGCUUUUGAGCAGCUUCUGAAAGGAAACCUGAUCUUCUAUGAAUCAGACCUGAAAGAGUGUGGCAUUGAUGUCCAAGAUGCUCCACUUUAUUUAGGGUUCUUCACUGAGAUCUUUACAGAGGAGAAAGGGAUGGACGGUGACUCCAUCUAUUCCUUUGUUCAUCUGAGCAUUCAGGAGUUUCUGGCUGCAGUCUACAUGUUCCACUGCUUCACCAGCAGGAACACACAGGUGGUGGAGAACUUCCUGGGAUAUUACCCUAAUUACUCAUCUCUGGAUGAGUUCCUGGAGAGAAUCAUGCAUAAAUCCCUUUUCAGUGAAAAUGGCCACCUGGACCUGUUUGCUCGCUUCCUUCAUGGCCUCUCUGUGGAGUCCAACCAGAGACUCUUAGGAGGCCUGCUGGGUCAGACAGAGAACAGUCCAGGAACCAUCCAGAGAGUCAUCAACAACCUUAAGGAGAUGAACACUUAUAAAAUCUCUCCUGACAGAAGCAUCAACAUCUUCCACUGUCUGAUGGAGAUGAAGGACCUCUCAGUUUAUCAGGAGAUCCAACAGUUCCUGAAAUCAGAGAACAGAUCAGAGAAGCUCUCAGAGAUCCAGUGCUCAGCUCUGGCCUACAUGCUGCAGAUGUCAGAGGAGGUUCUGGAUGAGUUGGACCUGGAGAAGUACAACACAUCAGAGAAGGGACGACUGAGACUGGUUCCAGCUGUGAGAAACUGCAGAAAGGCUCGACUAGUGGGCUGUAGUCUCUUCCAGACUGAAUGUGAAGUUGUGGCCUCAGCUCUGAAGUCCAACCCCUCCCUGACUGACCUGGAAAUAGAUCAGAUCUAUGGAGAGAGAACCAUUGGAGACUCUGAGAUGAAGCGUCUCUGUGAGAUCCUGGAGACUCCAUUCUGUAAAGUAAAGAAGCUGACAUUGUGGCGCUGCAGUUUGUCAGAGAUCAGCUGGGCGUCUCUGUUCUCUGCGCUGAAGUCCAACCCGUCCCAUCUGACAAAACUGCACCUGAGUGAGAACAACCUGAAAGAUGGUGGAGUGAAGGAGCUCUGUGGUUUCCUCCAGACUCCCCUCUGCAAACUACAGAAACUGAGAUUGAUAAGCUGCAGUUUGUCAGAGAUCAGCUGUGAUCAUCUGGUAACGGCGCUGAAGUCCAACGCGUCCCAUCUGACAGAACUGGACCUGAGAUACAACAACCUGGAGGAGUCAGAUGUUCAGCAGCUGCAGGAUCUUGUAAAGAGUCCAGACUACAAACUGGAACAUCUGGAGUGGAGGGGAUGAUCUUAGUGGAGGAGAGAAGCUGAGCUGUCCUGAUGAUCCAGAGGUUGAAGCUGCAGCAGCUUGAGUUUAAAGAGACUCUGACUGGAUCCUGAUGAUGAACUCUGACCUUAGAGAUGUUGAUCCUGUUUAUCUGAUCAUGUCUGUCAUUUAGUGUCUGAUAUUGUUUGUCUCUGUGGACCAAUGAGGAUCAAAUGAAAACUAAGCUGCAUUUAGUGGCUCCAUGAAGUUUGGAUCUGAAUCUGAUGAAACUGGAAAGUUGAUAUUUUUUCUCUCUGCUUCAUUUUCAGCCUGUAACCCAGAAAUCUGAAAUAAAGCUCAACUCUAAAGUUUU